AUGGCGACGCUGUGGAAUCGCGUGCAGCGCAUGUGGCGGGACCGGUGGCUGGGGCUCAUUCUCGGCAUGUGGCUGCAGGCGUGCGGGGGGAUCUCGUACGCGUUCUCGUUAUACUCCGCCGCGUUAAAAGACAAGCUACAGUACUCGCAGGAAGCAGUGGACGGCUUAGGAACGGCGAAGGAUAUCGGCGGGAAUGUGGGGAUUGUAUCGGGGCUGCUCAUCGACCUCAUGCCCGCGUGGGCCAUCCUCGCUAUAGGCGCCGGCAUGCAUCUGUUCGGGUCUCACCUUCUCACCACCUCCCUGUUCCGCCUCCUCCCACCCCCUCGCCCUCUCACCCCCCGCCGCCCCCCCCCCCCUCCCCCCUCGCUCAUCCCUCUCCUCCCCAUCCCUCCAUCUCCCCCUCCCCACCAAUCACCACAUGCCAGCUGUACAUGGCGUCGAUGGGGAUCACCCGCCCUCCGUUCUGGCAGGUGCGUUUCCCCCCCAGCUCUUCCACAGGAGAUGGAGGUAGAAGCACAGGCCUAUGCAAUGCAAGCACAGGCCUUUGCCCCACGCCAUGACUUGCCUGUGCAAGUUAUCCAGAUGUGUGCAUUCAUCAUGCUGGGCACCAACGGAGCCACGUGGUUCAACACUGCCGUGCUCGUCACAUGCAUUCGCAACUUUGAGGGCGACAGGGGCGUGGUGGUGGGGCUGCUCAAGGGGUUCAUAGGGCUCAGUGGGGCUAUCUUCACGCAGCUCUACUCUGCGCUCUAUUCACCUCACACGGCGCCCUUCCUGCUGCUCUGUGCGCUGCUGCCACCGCUGGUGGCGCUGCUGGCGAUGGCAGUCAUUCGCCCCAUGAACCCUCACCUGCUGGCCGCUGCAAAGAGAGACAGUGGGGACAGCACCCGGUUCAGCUUCCUCUAUGUGGUGGGAGUGGGCCUAGCGCUCUACCUCAUGCUCGCUAUGACGCUGCAGGAAACCCUGUCCCUCUCCCGCCCCUAUCGCCUUGUGUCUAUGGCUGGAAUGGUGCUGCUGCUCGCCCUCCCCAUCUCCCUUCCGCCUUCCAUCCGAAUCUCCAUUACUUCCCAUCUCCUCUCACCCGUUUCUCUUUCCCUCCCUUCCACACUCUCCCCUCUGAAUCCUCACUCCAUGUCCACCCUUCCCUCACCCCUCCCACUCUCAUCACCCUCGCCCUGGUAUCCCAUCCAGUGGGUCAAAGCAGGAAGCCCCAUGGCCUCCAAGCUGCCUCUCCAUUCACCACACGAGUACCUCGACCAACUUUCCUCCGCCACUUCCUCCUUUACCUUCAAGCCGCCUGCCACACGCACGGACCACUCCUCCCUCCCUGAUGACAACGACUCCACUGGAGGCGAGUCGUACCCUCUGCUCACUGGCGGGAGGGAGGCGAAGAGCCUGGAGGGGGAUGGGAGGAGCAGCCAUGCUUGGGGGGUGGAGGCGGGGAGGGGGCAGCGAGGGAGUGCUGUGCGCGUGGGUAUGGAUCACACUCUGCUGCAGGCUGCCGUGACUCCCGAGUGUAGCGAGGUUCUCGAGGGGCCGAGGCAGGAGGUAGCGAGGGUAGCUGCGUGGGACUUGGGUGGGGAGAAGUGGGGGCCACAGGCUGCUGUCACGCCCGCAUACCGGGAUCAAUACCAUCAACAGCCUCCCAACCUCUCCUCCCCUCUCAACCCCUCUCAACCCCUUAAAAUCCCCUCCCGCCUCCCCUCCGCGUCCCUGCAGGCUGCUGUUCUUCGCCAUGGGGUGUGGCACGGGGUCAGGGCUCACAGCCAUCAACAACCUGGCGCAGGUCCUGGUGCCUUGCUGCUCUCACCAACUCCCAAGUGGACUCGCAAGUCAAAUCAAAGCUGUAACGCACCCAAAGCUGUGGCGGAGUCUUUGGGUUCUGCAAGUGUGGGCGCCCUGGUUGCUCUUGUCAGCAUCUGGAACUUUCUAGGAAGGAUGGCCGCGGGGUACGUGUCGGAGCAGUGCUUGAAGCGCUGGUGCACACCACGGCCUCUCUGCAUGCUGCUCGUGCAGGCCGCCAUGGGGUGCGCGCACCUGCUCUUCAGCAUCGGGGUUUCCUUGCCCCAGUACCUCCACCUGCCCACCCUCUGCUUCUCUACUCCCUCAGCAGCAAUGGUGGGGCUGGCACACGGGGCAUUGGAUGCUGCUGGUUACCACCUUUCCACUGCAUCAACCCACUGUUCCUCUACCCAGCAGCAGCGCUGGUGGGGGCGGCACAUGGGGCGCAUUGGACGCUCAUGUUUGUUUGCCUUUGUCCAUCCUCACCCUCCUUCCCCUCCUUGCCUCCCUUACCCUCCUUCCCCCCUUUCCCCACCUCUCCCCCAUUCCCCCCCUCCCUCCCUUCCCUGCUUCCCUUCCCCGUCCUCCCGUCCUUCCUCUUCCUCCCUGCCAGCAUAUCAUCCACAGUGGGCUCCUACUGCCUCUCUGUCAAGCUCGCCGGCUACAUCUACGACCGUCAAUCUGCGAUCCAACGGUCAGCCUUCCUCCACCUGCAAGGCCUCUCCUCCGCCUCCCCCUCCCUCUCUCCACCCUCAAUCACCGCCAUUGCAAACUGGGGCACAGAGGCAGCAGCAACAGCGGGGCAAGUAG